AAGUACGGUGUAUACCAUAGGUUAGCGAUUGGACGCUCUUUGUCCCGAAGAUAACACAGUAUUUCAUCUUGUUUCAUUGUUUGGUUUGAUAAAUAAUUUCCUGCUUUGAUACCACAGUGUUUGAUGUACGUUUAGUGGUUUGUGUGAAACGACAAUCAUAUACCACGACAACUGGCUGUGUCCAUCACCAGAGUUUUUUUUUCUCACAAUGCAGAUGUCGUUUAGAGGACAGAAUAUUUGGCUAAUUACAAAUACAUAUGAAGUAUGAUGCUGCAGCUGUGUGGUCUACUUGAACUGGGAAUAUGUUAAUGCUCAAUUGAGCGUUGCUUGCAUACUUACAUUAACACCGAAGCGACAUUGACAGGAAAACCUGGUUCUCUCUUAAGUGGCUAUUUGACGACUGUAACAUUACGCCGUUUUAUAUGCGCAGUUUAUGAGGUGACUUCUAUUUGUAUUUGCUUGUUGCAAUGUAAACCACACAUAGCCAGUAAUUUAUGGCGUUUUAAACACUCGUGGCUUAGCGUUUAUUACGUUUAAACAUUCGUGACACGUUAAGUAAUCUCAAGUGUAUUGAUAUUUGGCUGGAAAGAUACCUGAUUUUCUGAACAGAUUGUAUAAUAUAAGGAAGUUUAAAAAUAUAUGUAGAUACGUCUGUUUUACCUGAUAUAACCAGAGGGUAAAGCAGGCAUCUACAGACAGUAUGGGUACGACUCAGAGCGUAUUCAGUGAGGAGGAGUUACAGGAUUACCAGGAUCUGACAUAUUUUACGAAAAAGGAAAUUUUACAUGUAUUUAAGAUCUUCCGAGGGCUGUAUCCAGACGCCGUAGACAGAGACCGCAAUGCCAAGAUAAGUGAGGACCUGGUGAUGUCCCUGCCAGAACUCAAGAUGAAUCCGUUUAAGGACCGUAUAGUGAAGGUGUUUUCUUCAGAGGAAGGUGGAUUGUCUUUUGAAGAUUUCUUAGAUAUGAUGUCAGUGUUCAGUGAAAAAGCUCCCAAGGAAAUAAAGACACAAUAUGCCUUCAAAAUAUAUGACUUUGAUGACGACGACGCGAUAUCCCGCGAAGAUCUGGGGAAAAUGGUGACACGAUUGAGUUCCUCGCAAAACGAGACGGUACUGAAAGAUGAAGAGAGGGAUAGGCUAGUCAACGAGAUCCUGAAAGAGGCUGAUCUAGAUAAUGAUAACUUGAUAUCAUUUUCAGAAUUUCAACAUGUCAUCUCAAAAGCUCCUGAGUUUGAGAGCUCCUUCAGGAUACGGCUUUAACCGAUUCAAUGCACACAUGAAGACAUCGGGUACGGUAGCGAGCAAAUGUAUGAAAGCGGAAAUAUUGACAAUGUGUAUGAAAGUAUAUCUUUUUCAUGUACGGAAUUUGAAGAAUGUUUUGUUAUUCAUUUAAGUUCAUUUACCUCAUUGCAUACUUCACCAUUCAUCCUUUUCUGCGAAUUGGUUUGUUAUCAAAUACAUAACCGCGGGAAUGUUAUCCAGUAUUCCAUCUUCAUCGUUAAUUAUGAUGUAUUCCAUGCCAUGGUAACACUGCCUUUCACAUUUCAUUACAUUAUAUGCAGACUGGAACAGCAAUUAUACUUUUAAUCUAUAUAUAACUCUUAUCUGAGUAACAUUUAUCAUUGAUUGCUCUGAAUUGGAAUCAUAUCAAACGGAAAUAUUCAUCUAUCAUAAUUUUCACUUUAUCUAUCAAGCUAACUCUUUAGUAUAUGUUAUUCCCCGCUCGGACAUGCAAAUGUCAACUACCCGAUUAUAUGGGGUGAUGCGAUUUCCUCUUACAUGGAGAUGGUUCUGACCCGCUUCCGUUCGAGGCAGCAGAUAUGAAAUAUGAAUCUGUAAUAAUUGUUAUAAUUGUUAUAUAUAUAUAUAAAUUUUGUACAUUUACAUAAUAUACUUUGUAAAUAAAGUUCA